UCCGCCCGCCCCCAGCCAAGAGAAACAAAACAAAACCCCAGCACCGCCACGCUCUCCCUCCUUCUCCUCUUGGCAUUUGGUGGUUUGGUUGGGGGUUUUUUCGUGUUUUUUUUUUCUUUUUUCUUUUUUUUUUUUUUUUUCUUGGGGAUUCUCCUUUCUCCUGCCAGACUGACUUGCACCUCCUUCAUAAUUUCUCUCCCCCUUAUUUUUUUUUUUUACUCUUCUCCCUGCUUCCAAACCUUGUGUCUGUGUGUUUCAAUACUAUCACAACCUCUGCUAAAAAUAGAUCUUUUUAUAUACCCUUCCUCCUCUCUGACCCCAUCCAACACCCCUUGUUAAGGAAAUUGUAUUACACCCAGACCAAGAUACGUAAAUUCACUUGGUUAUCCCAUAUCUCUGAGGAACCUGAUGCAUGAGUGGACUAGAGAAAGGAGAGAGAGAAAAACUCCUAAUAGCUACAGAUCAUCUGGCUAGCAGGAUACUUCUUAGAACCAAGUGCUGAACUUCACUGCACAUUGUGGCUUAUGGACAUCUGAUGUGAUAGUUGUUAGAAGCUGAUUAUCUGGGAACCUAUGAAGAGAAAUAAACAGGAAAAUAACAGAAAAAUCAGGAAGGUCUUUGAAGUGAGAGAAGUCUGACACACAGAACAGUAAGAUCAUACUCAAUACCUUUAGAUAUCUUACUGGAGACCACAGAGUGACUACAAAAACUGACCAACAACAACAGCAUUUUUUUAAAUAUCACUGGUCUUCUGACAAGUUAAGUGAAUAGAAACAAAAACGAAGCUGCUUUCAAGUAUUGGAGAUACAAGGCCAGGAUGAACACAAAGGACACCAAAGUGACUGAAGGAGGUCUCAAUGUCACACUUACCAUACGCCUUCUCAUGCAUGGCAAGGAGGUUGGAAGCAUCAUCGGAAAGAAGGGCGAGACAGUUAAGAAGAUGAGGGAGGAGAGUGGUGCUCGAAUCAAUAUUUCAGAAGGUUCCUGUCCAGAGAGAAUUGUGACAAUAACAGGACCAACAGAUGCAAUUUUUAAAGCUUUUUCUAUGAUUGCACUAAAAUUUGAAGAGGACAUAAAUGCUUCAAUGACAAACAGCACGGUGACAAGCAAACCACCUGUAACGCUGCGGCUAGUCGUCCCAGCAAGUCAAUGUGGAUCCCUUAUAGGAAAAGGAGGUUCCAAAAUCAAAGAAAUCAGGGAGUCCACAGGAGCCCAGGUGCAGGUAGCAGGGGACAUGUUGCCAAACUCAACAGAGCGUGCAGUGACUAUAUCGGGCACCCCCGAUGCCAUUAUCCAGUGUGUGAAACAGAUAUGCGUGGUUAUGCUGGAGUCCCCACCCAAAGGUGCCACCAUCCCCUACCGUCCCAAACCUGCCUCUGCACCUAUCAUUUUUGCAGGUGGCCAGGUAAGAGCAGACACCAUUUUGGCUUCAGCUGGAAACCACACCGUCUUGGCCCAACCUCAGCCAGCGCCUGCAUUCACGAUUCAGGGGCAGUAUGCCAUCCCUCAUCCAGACGUGAGUCCAGCACAUUUGACCAAGCUUCACCAGUUGGCUAUGCAGCAUCCCCCCUUUACUCCCCUUGGGCAGACCACCCCUGGUUUCCCUGGACUGGAUGCCACUACUCCAACCAGUUCCCAUGAACUUACUAUUCCCAAUGAUUUAAUAGGCUGCAUUAUUGGCAGACAAGGCAGUAAGAUAAAUGAAAUCAGGCAGAUGUCAGGAGCGCAGAUCAAGAUUGCUAAUGCCACAGAAGGCUCCGCAGAACGACAAGUUACAAUCACAGGAUCCCCUGCAAACAUCAGCUUAGCACAGUACCUCAUUAAUGCAAGCAUAUACUUUCUCAAAUCUGAAUGUCUGGGAGAUGCUAUGCAAUCAAUGGUCCACGCAUAACUGAGAAGAUUGCUUCUAAGCUGAAGAAUUAUCUGAAUGGCUAAUGCUAGCAAAAUGUAUCCACCACUGCUUUUGUAUGAACAUUUGCUCUGUUUAUAGUGCUGACCGCUUUUAAAUGAGCAAUGAGACAUUUUUUUGCACCACUUUUCUUAGCAGUUGACAUACGAGCAAUUAUUUACAAUUAAAAUUUUAAAAUUAGCAAAUAUUCUAGGGAAAGACUGAGAACAGCAGGUAUCUUUAGUAACAGCUUUGUAUUAUACAAAAGGGCAGACAAAAAACAGCUCCAGAGAAAACUUUCCAUGCAAUGCUAAAUAGUAGAAUAUGGAAGUACAGAAAAAUUGUGGCCAACUUACUUGUCUCACACACAAAAUCUUUUGUCACGUUCCCCAACGCUGGGGUUCCUUUCCAGUAUGUGCAAAUUAACCAUAAAACCCAGGUUACCUACACCUUAUUUGAAAAAGACAGGAAAACGGGUGGUGUUUUGUUCUGUAUUUUUCAAGGCUAAAAUAUGAAUAAAUCUACAGAAGAGCUCACAAUUAAUGUCCUGUUUGGAUACAGGAUACUGAUCUGAGGUAUAUGCUUUCUUAUUUAAAUACAGCCAAAUAAAUGUAACUAGAUAUCUAUUGAUGACAAGAUCCCGACCAGAAGUUUUUUCAACUUAAUUUCCCUCAAGUGGAAAACAGAAGGAACCCUUUGCUCAUUUAUAAAGUGCAUUUAACCACACACUGCAUUGCAAAAAACAGCUGACAAAUGCAGAUGUCAGUCAUUCUGCAGAGCUGCAUGAAACUGUCGUUUUCCUUAUUGUGUAUAGUAUUUAGAAUCAAUAAAAAUAGAUUCCAUUACUUACUGUGUUGACCUGUCGCAUUGCCUUUUGAAAUUCAUCCCAUUCUUUGUCCAUUUGAUCCUUUGGAGCAUCAACUUUUCGCACCUAGGGAACAUGACAAAUCAGACAUUAACAAUUUAUGUCUAGUGACUCCUUGGGGAACUGUCAAACAUCUGGAGAAGUAAGACAAAUGAUGCUGUGUUCUCAGAAAAGUCUGGUCAAUGUUAAUUCACUUUAAGCAAUGUGUAUGAAUAAGAGAGAGCAGCUGUACAAUGGUUUUGGAGGGAAAAUCAGACUCUGCUCCUGGCUUAAAACAAUAUCCUUGACUGUAGCUUAGUCUGUGACUAAGUCUGUUAGUUUGAUGAUCUGUAAUUUCACUAUGUCAAGUGGUAACUUUUCUGUUCUUCUGUAAGCUGCCCAUUCAGUUGUAUACAGUAGCUAUCCCAAGCCAAAAAGCAGUGAAUUAUUUGCCUUUGGCAUAACCUAAAUGAUUCAGUUGUUAGUCUCACUGCUGUUAGGUGGUGUCCCUGUAUCUCAGCUCUAGUCUUAAUUUUGUUGGCUAGCAGAAGAAAUAGCACAGAGACAUGCCAAUUUAAACGACACACAGAGCUUUUUCUUCUGUGGUAGAUGGCAUUAAUUACUAAGACGAGAGGACUGAAAAAGCAGAAGCUGUAAGAACACAUUUAAGAUCCACAGCUAAGGUAAUAAAAACUGGAUUAUGCUUUUAAUACAAGGAAAUAAACCAGAUAAUCUACCUGCAUAACCAAAACUUCCACAAUUUGAGACUGGAAGAUGAGGCAUAUAAAACAUGUUAAGUGACAGAUUCCGCCUGGCUCUGGACUGGGAGGAAAUACUAUUGCCAGGAGAACCAAGCAGUUUGAACAGAGUAAUUCACCACACCAUCUUUUUGCAUUAUUUUUAUUUUACUCCUUUAUUCAUUCCUCUCUUUUGGUAACACACAGGUCAUUAUCAUGGUAAAGACAACAGUUUGGUAUGUUUUGUUCCUGAAUGAUUAUACAAAAUCCAGUAGUGUGAAUUAAGUUUAUAGAGUAAAUAAGAAGCUUCCGAGCAAACUACGUACUGGGAAGUGAUAGUCGUCAUCUCAUUUUUCUGUUAUGUGAUUAUUUCUGUCAUAUGUGUA